AUGCCGAAAUAUUACUGUGAUUAUUGCAAGUCAUAUUUGACUCAUGAUACAAUGAGUGUGAGGAAAUCACAUUUACAGGGGAGAAAUCAUAUUAAAUUCUAUUGUGAUUAUUACGAAGCAAAGGCAAAGGAAACAAAUAUAUGGAAUCCUCUGAGUAUACCCUAUGAAAUCACUCUAGAGAAGUUGAAUCGAUAUAGCGAUGCGAAGAAGUCGAAUGGUUCAUCUGAAGAUAAUAUGGAUAUCGAUAAAAAAGAGAAUAGUCUGGAUCACAAUAAAGGAAAUGUCGUUAAUCACAGUGAUGCUGGCAAUGACAACGAUGAUGACGAUGAUGAGAUGAUAUUUUUGCCACCUCCGCCUAACUUGUCUGGAUUGCCUUUGCCUCCACCAGCGGUAUAUAACAAUCAGAAGGAAUAUCAAAAGGCUAUAUUAAGACAAACACUAACGAAGAGCUGA